ACGUCAGCAGCAGCCGUAGCGCCACACCGGGGCUGUGUGGAGAGGGUGACGAGGAGCGACCAGAAUCACCAGGAAACAUUAAAAAGGAGCGACAAAAUGCACAGACGAGGAGCGUCCGUCUGAUUGUCGGAGAUCUGUUUUCACACCUCGAGGUGUUUCCGUCACCGACGUCUCUGGCGAGAGGUGUAGGUUCAAGCCGUGGCGGCUGUCUGUGGGUCCAGGCUGUGGUUUUUUUUUUUUAGGGAUGGCUUCCUUAGCUAGCCUUCCCAGCUAACAGUAACGGCUAGCCUGCCCUGCUCACUGGCUUCCAGUGCACAAGAGACAGCGGCGCCAGCUCUGAGCUCAUACCCUCAUUUGGACUAACACCCCCCCCACCCCGGGAUUGUUGUUUCUCCGAGGACCACGAGACAGUGAGCCAAGCUGUCUGGAUGGACACUUUGACGGCGGUUGACUGCUACAGCUCGGGCGUAUCUUCCAGGGUUGGUUUUUCUGGGCGGCUAGGCUCGCGCUCGGCCAGGCGACCAGCGGAGGGGAUUGUACAGAUGUGGCCGCGGCAGCCUGUUGUGCCCCAUCGUCUCUGGGACUGAAGUUGGUUUCUUUUUUUUUUUUCUUUUUUUGUUUAAUACAUAUAUUUUUUUUUCAACAAAGCCAUUUGUUAAACAGGCAUAAAACAUAGUUAACGUCGGCGAAUUUAUUCAGUGGUUUAGCACGCCAUUAGCUAGCUAGUUUUGCAGGCUAGCCUCCAAGUUAACGCAUCCAAACUAAGCAGGGGGGGAGUACAUCGAAUUUCAGUGGUUAUUUGCACCUCUGGAGCCAUUUAAGGCGGACAUGUUGCACUGCAGGGUUUCUGUGAGCAGCUCCCCGUCCUAGUAUUUUUAUUAUAUAUUUUUUUUGACCGAGGCAAAGCUGUCAAAUAUUGAGCUUUUGGCAGCGAUUGUAACAUCAGCAGAGGAGGCCAGAUUCUGCACGCAGGCAGCGAGACUCUGACAAACUUGAAAGUCGUGGUGGUGUGGCCCCGGCGCUCCUUGUCAGACGGGCUUUUUCCCCCCCACCAGCUCAUGCGGUGAUGACUUUGGAGCCCAUGAUGGCUUGUUGCCUGAGCGAGGAGGCGAAGGAGUCCAAGCGAAUCAACGCCGAGAUCGAGAAGCAACUCCGGCGAGAUAAGAGAGACGCACGGAGGGAGCUGAAGCUGCUGCUCUUAGGGACAGGAGAAAGUGGCAAGAGCACCUUCAUCAAGCAGAUGAGGAUAAUCCACGGGACGGGCUACACGGAUGAAGAUAAGAAGAGCUACACCAAACUGGUCUAUCAGAACAUCUUCACCUCCAUGCAGGCCAUGAUCCGUGCAACGGAGACCCUCAAGAUCCCCCUGAAGUAUGAAGACAACAAGAAUAACGCGCUGCUGGUGCGGGAUGUGGACGUGGAAAAGGUUUCGACGUUCGACGAGCCGUACAUCAGUGCGAUAAAGAUGCUUUGGACCGACCCCGGGAUCCAGGAGGCUUAUGAUCGCAGGAGAGAGUACCAGCUCUCCGACUCAACCAAAUACUAUUUAACCGAUCUGGGUCGUAUUUCGGAAGCGUCCUACCUACCAACCCAGCAGGACGUGCUUAGGGUUCGAGUCCCAACCACCGGCAUCAUAGAGUACCCCUUCGACUUGCAAAGCAUCAUUUUCAGGAUGGUGGACGUUGGGGGUCAGAGGUCGGAGAGGAGGAAGUGGAUCCACUGCUUUGAGAAUGUCACCUCUAUCAUGUUUCUGGUGGCGCUCAGCGAGUACGACCAGGUUCUGGUGGAGUCUGACAAUGAGAACCGCAUGGAGGAGAGUAAAGCCCUGUUCAGGACCAUCAUCACAUAUCCCUGGUUCCAAAACUCCUCUGUAAUUCUGUUCCUCAACAAGAAGGACCUGUUGGAGGAGAAGAUCAUGUACUCUCACCUGGUCGACUAUUUUCCAGAGUUUGAUGGUCCACAGCGAGAUGCUCAGGCCGGCCGGGAGUUCAUCCUGAAGAUGUUUGUGGACUUGAACCCCGACAGCGACAAGAUAAUCUACUCCCAUUUCACGUGUGCCACCGACACGGAGAACAUCCGCUUCGUCUUCGCGGCCGUCAAAGACACCAUCCUGCAGCUCAACCUCAAAGAGUAUAACUUGGUGUGAAGGGAGGAUCCAUAAAGCGCGACGGCAGCCCCCUCAAGACACACUCGGUGCUGGAGUUACCCUCCAGAGACGCACAUCUGCAUGAAACACACUCGCUGCACACAAGAGACGAGCAUUGCUUCAUUCUUUACCAGACCAACGCUAUCCUUUUUUUUUUGUUGUUGUUUUUGCUCCUUCUCUCCAUGCGGUUUAGUUUGUUGACAUUUUAAAGAAACGACUUUACUGUUUUGUGGUUUUUACUAACCGCUGGUCUUGCAAAGUCACAAAUGAAACACAUUUAAAUGGAACACUUACUCGUCCUCUCUUUGGAUGCCUCCGGCACGCCUCUCGGCCCUCUGUUUGGCUCACUUUUUUUUUGUUUUUAACACUACAUUAUCAUUAGUUUUCUUAGUGCUGGAGGUAGGUCGGGGGGCCUUCUCUGGGUGGAAGCAGCCUUUGUGGACAAAGGGCUCUCUCAAGCAUGUUCUACACUACAGCAUGAGUUCACCACACCUGGCUGCAGAUCACUGGACUCUGUUUUUCUGCAAAGGAUAACUAAUUUUGAAACCCUGCAACAAGGCGACGCCGAGGUGCAGUCAGGUACUUACUUUUCUGGAACUCAGCUUGUUUGUAUUUUUUUUUUUUUUUUUUUUUUUUUCCAGUCACCCUGAUCUCCACCGGAGCAGAUGAGCUCUAUUGAAUGUAAAUAAGGUUUUGAUGCUGCUCACUCAGAGUGAGGGCUUUUACAGAGACGGCUAGGCGAGCUCUCUUCACUUUAGAUAUCUUCAGAAAUGUUAACUCGAGCCUAUCAUUUCUGCUGUUGUCUGUUUAAAAUUGUAUUGAAGAUGACUACUCAAAGGUAAAAGUCACAAUUGAUUCCUCUUUAAUGCUCAAUUUUGCAAAUUGAUAACACUAGUAAGAUCUAUUAUUGUAGGUGGAGUUUUAUUUACAUUGCCAAAUCAAAACUAGCUGGGGUCUAUUAUUUUUUUUUUCUUCUUUAAAUAUAAAUCUAUCGCGUCCAUUCUUGAAAUUAUAAAUGUCAAGAAAAGAGGUUUAGGAUCUGAUGUUAAAAUCCAUUGCGGCUGUUCUCGUGUCCCAUCUUUCUCCGUGGCAUUUUUAAAUGUCAAAAAAGUCAGAAUUGGUUAUUUAUUAGUACUGAUAUAUGAAAUAAAUCCACCUGGUUAUCCCAGGUUAUCUACAGUGGUGGGAUGUCAGUGAACCACAGCUUUUAGGGUGUUGGUUUAAGCUUUUAUUAAUCCUGACCAUUCACAGGGCUUCUUUUCUUUUUUUCUUUUGCCAUCGGCCAAAAAUAAACACGCGGUGAUCAAAUAGGAUCUUCCCCCCCAUUUAUUACAGCUCUUGGUUCAGUAUUUCAAACCUUAUUUCAGCUCAGUUUUUUUUUCCAGCUUUGUUAUUGGGAGCAAAUUUUAUACUGCUGUAAAAUAUCCAAACAAUUUUAUGGACAAGUGUUCUAUCUUUCUAAUUAUUCUUCAUGUUUAGUUUUUGCGGGUCAGUUUUGACGUAAUUGAUGAUGGAGAAAAAAAAGAAAAAAAAAAGUUUUUUUCAAUGUCAGGUUUGUGCUUUAUGCAAAUCAAAACAGACAGAAAAAAAGAGAAAACUUUGUGGUUAAAUAUUUGCUGUUUAAAGAUUCUUUUUGGGAAAAUCUAUAAGGAUGUGCGUUGGCUAUUGGUACAAAUCCCAUAUCGUGCGUCUUGCCGGGUAGCUGUUUAAAUACUUCUCUAAGAUGAGUGAUUGCUAUUUUUGUCUUCACAAUGUAAUUCAGGUGAGUUUUCAUAACUUUUUCAUCACAAGGGCUACUCCUAGCAGAUUUGAGUUCAAACAAGUCUAUAGAGGACAAAGAGCUGAAGGUGCAAUCGAUGACCAAGGGUGGCUGGAAGUUUUUAGGCAGCUGAAUCCCGUUGAUUGUUCCUGUAUUUGAUGUUGGCUGCAAGUUCAGGGAGGUGGGAGGAGGAACGCUGACGCUCCUGUAGGAAGUCUGGCCACAGUCCACUUGUUUUUUCUUACUUUUAGAUAAAAAGGAAGGCAGUUUCCUCGAGGUCCAUGUGGCCCCCUAGCUCCAGUGAUGCUGAUGGACUCUGCAGAGGUCAACUUGACCCUCAUUAUUUUCCUUAAACGUGUAUUUGCCUCUACAUCUGCAGUGUUUCCACGUUUGACUUUGGCAUUGGCCCCUUUUGUUGGAAGGGCUGCGACUGUUUGACCUUCAUAGAAAUGUUAAAAAUAAUAAUAAAAAAAACUGGGGAAGGUCUUAUGAAAUAACGGUUGUCAAGAUGUUCUGUUUAUUAUUGAGAAGUUGGAAACUAUAAUGCAGUGUAAAUGUUAACUCACUAACCCAGCAGUGCUUUUUUUUUUUUUCACCAUAAUGUUGUGAAAUGCCGCAACAAGGAGGGAAUGGUUAUUUUUGGCUCAUUUUCUGGGUAUCCACACAGUCUUGAAGAGAGGAAUUUGAUUUAAUAAUUUUCCAAGCCUGGAAACCGUAUAAAAGGAAAUAAUUAUAAAAUACACUUUCACAUUUCAAGGCUAAUAUAUUACCUUUUAAAGGAAACACAAAUCUGAAUUUCUGACAAAUUAAGUUUUUUUUAAUGUCUGUCAAAUUUAGGGUUUGCAUCAUGCACAUUUUAAAAAAAAAAAAGCUUGAAGAUUAGUAACUAAAGCUUUAAAGUCAAGUUCAAACAAAAUUGAAUUUCUAAAUAACCAGCUUACAGUAAAUGGUGUGUACUUGGGUGUCUGAAAUGUUAUGAAAGCGGCUGGAAAAAAAAAAAAUUUCAAACAGGAGUGUGGAGCUUUGUAGACGAGAAUCCUGAGUGCCACAAAUCUUUCCUUUCAGAUUGUUUCAGAGCUAAAAGUUGGUUAUUUUGCUCCAGGUAUUAUCAUCGUUGAUGCUCGAGCCAACUCUUAAAAACCUAAUUAAUUUGGUCUAAACGAUCCUUUUCUUUCUCUGAAGCUUUCUGGCUGCGUCUGUUCUGGAUGAUCUUUGACGUACACAAUUACCUGGCAGGUUUUUGCGUUGUUUAGGAAAAACACUGCGCUGCUUUUUUUGUGGAUGACGCAGUGAUUUUUACUGUUUGUAAACUCCCUGGCUCUAAGGAAGCCUUCUGCUCUCCCAAAUUGCAGCUUACCUCCUCAAAGCCAUGCGUGUGUGUGUGUGUGUGGCCUAUCCUCCUCCCUUUGAAGAUGAAAGCGUAAGCUGUCAAAUUUCCAACAGGUCUUAGGAGUGAAAGUAAACGGCGGCUGUACUACAGCGAAAAGAGCCGCCUGAUGAGCUGGAUCGCUCGUUUUAAAUCCUUUUCGCGCAAAUCACUACUUUUCUUUAUUUGCUUCAUUCCACACGCGUGAAGCGUUUUCCAAAGUGGUUUGGUUGACAAUCAAGUACAAGAACCUGUGCCAAAAGUGAUCAGAAAAGAUAUUAAGCAAGUUUUUUUGAACCUUACCCAACCUUCUGGUACAUUUAGACAUUUUUCUUAAACCAUGACAGGUUUUUCCCCAAGAGAAGCCUCAGUAUUAGUCUAUUUAUAGAAGUGCUUACCAAGUAAAGGUACUGAACAGAUCACGUUUUGGUCAGAGCCGUAAAUAAAGAAGUGUUUACAUUCACCCACCCCUCCUUUUUUUUUUAUUUGAUCGGACUGUGGACUUUGGUGGGCUGGACACGCUGAAUCUACGGCACUGCAAUGGGCUUGCAUUUGUUAAGGCAGAUGUCCAUUUAAACAGCGUUGGUACUUUGAGAUGUGUGUGUGUGUGUGUGCGCGGACACGAUUGCUUAAGCUUGAGCUCCAUCCUGGUCAGAGGAAUGGACGCACGGUGAUUAUUUUUUUUAAUUAAAAGCUUCUCGUUCAGUUUUCUUUCAUAAGGUUUGCACACCUUAACAAGUGGACCACUUUAAAUGACUUCUUGUUUGUUGUUAAACCAGCAGUUAAGUUUGUGUAGUGGUGUAUAAAUUGAAAGUAAUGCUUUUUUUUUUUUUUUUUUUUUUUCUCUGAAGUAUACCAAAUGUAAAUUCUGUACAAUGUGUGCCAAUCCCCUUUCUUUGUAAAGCCAGACUCUUAACAAGUGCCGAUGUUGUGAAAAAUCAGAGGGCCUGUAUAGUUCCACGGCCUACUUUUUAAAGCAAACACUAAGUAUAUGAUUAAUUAACAAGAAAAAAAAUACACUAUUAUAUAUUUAAGAUUAAUGAUGAACUGCUGUUUUUAAAAUAAGUGUUGAUUGAUUUGCAUGUGUUCUUUUUUUUUUUUUUUUUGUCAGGUUGAGGGAGGAUUAGGGUUGGUGACAAACUAUUCAUGCAUCACCCUUGAGAGAAGGGUGGAAAUGGAGUUAUUAAUUUACAGUAUUUUAGCCAUAUUUCUUUUUUUUUUUGUAUGUUUUGUUUCAACCAUUGUUGCCUGAACCUCAUUCAAACAUGAAAAAUGAUGAUUUUUACAUAGCCUUCUCCUUUAAAUGUGUUCAAUUGGAAUAAACUAUGUUCCUAUACUCUC